GUUUUGUCUGUGUACCUGUAAAGAUGAUGUCAAGGUGUUGAUAGUAUCUUAUCUCUAAAUGGAUAGUAGUAAAGAUGAGAAAAAUGCUGUGUAGUUUACAACAUCAUUGUUAGAUAACUUGAAGCUUUCUGCAGUUAUGUCAUGUCUUCCGAACCAAUAGAUACUCAGUGGUUGUAUGAACUGCUCCAAGAAGUUCAGUUGGAGCAGUUCUUCACUAAAAUUAGAGAUGAAUUGCAAGUUACAAGAUUGGCUCAUUUUGAUUAUGUGCUGUCAUAUGAUUUAGAAAAUAUUGGUAUGGGUAAACCUGCAGCACGUCGCCUUCUCGAUGCUGUCAAGAAACGAAGAGCUGCAGUUUGGAGGAAAAGUAUAUUAAAUAAGAUUCUGCCUUCUUCAGGAAAACAGGAGAAGUCUUCAAAGACAAAUCCUGGAAAUUUACCACCUGCAUUACCAUCCAGUGGCAUGCUAACCUGUCUUAUCAAUGAGAAAGAUUUAAAAUUAUUGAAUAAAUUAGGUGAUGGUUCUUUUGGGGUUGUAAUGAGAGGAGAAUGGACAACUGUUUCAGGAACUCCUCUACCAGUUGCUGUGAAAAUUCUGAAGGAAGAUGCAGUAUCCCUUCCCGGUGCAUUUGAAGAUUUUAUGAAAGAAGUUAAUGCUAUGCAUAGUUUGAAUCACCCAAAUUUAAUUCGAUUAUUUGGAGUAGUGUUGUUAUCCCCAUUGAUGAUGGUUACAGAGCUUGCACCUCUGGGAUCUCUAAGAGAUUGCUUACGAAAAGAAUGCCAUCACACUCCUGUCUCUAGACUUAUAGAAUAUGCUGUACAAAUUGCUGCUGGCAUGGCUUAUCUUGAAUCUAAAAGAUUCAUUCAUCGAGAUCUUGCUGCUCGAAAUGUACUGUUAGCUACAAAGACAAAGGUAAAAAUUGGUGAUUUUGGACUUAUGAGAGCUUUGCCCACUCAGGAAGAUUGCUACAUCAUGACUGAGCAUAAGAAAGUUCCUUUCCCGUGGUGUGCUCCUGAAAGUUUGAAAUCUCGACAGUUUUCUCAUGCAAGUGACACAUGGAUGUUUGGUGUAACACUUUGGGAAAUGUUCACGUUUGGAGAGGAACCUUGGGCUGCAUAUACAGGAGCUCAGAUUUUACAAAAAAUAGACCAAGAAGGGGAAAGAUUACCUAGACCUGAAGCAUGUCCCACUGAUAUUUAUCAGCUUAUGUUACAGUGCUGGGCACAUAAACCAGCUGAUAGACCAACAUUUUUAGCUCUACAGGACUUCCUUUGUGAGGCUCGCCCAUUGACACUCACAAGCACACAAUCUUUUGAUGAGCCCGAUAAACUUAAAAUUGAAAUUGGAGAUGUCAUUGAAGUUAUAGAAGGAAGGCAAGAAUUUUAUUGGUGGAGAGGCCAGAAUCAGAGGACGUUCCAUAUAGGAAUAUUUCCACGACUCAUCGCUGAUCGUCAAAGGCCAAUAACAGGUGACGAUAUCAGUAAGCCACUGCGAAAUAGUUUUAUACAUACUGGACAUGGUGAUAUUUCCGGGCGAUCUUGGGGUAGUCCAGGUCAUAUUGAUGAAGUGUAUCUUCAGAACCCAAUGGAACCUCCAGAUUUAUUAGGAUUAAAGGAAGAGCCGCUUCCAACUCCUAGAUUACGUGAUCGUAAUGCAAGAUCAGCAUAUGACAGCUCAAGUUCAUCUAAGAAAAGUAUAGCAAAGCAAUUCGGAUAUAACAAGUUGGAAAAUGAACAAAAUGGUGAACGAAAAGCACAGUCUCAGAAUUCAAAAUCUAAGACAAAAAAAGAAGUUAAAGAAGGCAUUUUAAUUGAUUUCAGUAAUGAAAUUAUGGUGAAAUCUUCACCUCCAGUUAUGCACCCUCAAAAAUCUUCAGCAUCGAUGCAUGUUUCAUCUUCAUUGGUAGAUCUGACUUUACCUAAUUCAUUGUCAAAUUUUUGUUGUGGUGAAAGAAAUGUUUCUCCUGAAUAUGAUACGUAUUCCACUUACUCUACCCAAAAUAGCAGCCAGCAAGAUCGUUAUUAUAAUGUUCCACCUUCAAAUUUUGAACAAUCUGUUGACAGAUAUUAUUCUGUUCCUCCUGACAAUCAAGCUCAAAUGGCUAAUACUUCCAAUUAUUAUUCUCCAGUUGCUGAAACUGCUGAAAAUUACAUGCUUGCUGUACCUCUGCCAAACACACAUUUGACCCGAAUGGGAAGUUGCCCAGCUCUCCAUGUAGACACGAAUCGCAGUUCUACAAAUCUUUAUCAGAGUCAAAAAUCUACAAAUUCUUCCCAUAUUUCUAGUAGUACUACAAAUUUCAAUGAUUUAUUAGAAAGUUUUAAUGGAUUUUCUUUACAAUCUCAAUCUCAAAAUGUAUUUUCAAUCAGCAAGAGUCAAACAACAAGCACCUGUAAUAAAAACCAAAUACUUGAAGAAUUGAAAAAAACUUUAGGUAAAAAAGAGAUGAAUUCAAAUUUUAGUAAAGAUGAUGAUAAGAAACCAAAUAUCAAAAUACCUCUUUUACAACCUCCACAGUCUCAUGCAAAACGUAAUAAUCGCAAUAUGGAAUCCUCUAAUAAUGCAGCCAUUAGUUUUCCAUGUGAUAUUCCACAGUCCAAUACAAGAGUUACAGGUCCACCACCAAUACCAGCUUUACCUCCAAAUGCUGCAGAAGUCAAGUCAUUUGUUGUGAAUAAUUCAGUUUCUUCUAAAAGUAACUUAUCUCCAAACAAUGGAACAUUUUUUCCAUUUUCCAUGGCAACUAUAUCAAACUCUGAACUUCUCAGAAAACAUUUAACUUUCAUGCAAGCACAGGUGUCUGGUGUAACACUUGAUGAAUGCCAUGCAGCAUAUCAACGGCACAAUGGAAAUAUGCCUGAAGCUGUUAAGGACUUGCAGCUUUCGCAAUUAUGCCGUCUCGGUAUAGCAUCAAGAGCACAAUGUGAACAAGCACUAAGAUCAGUAAACUGGAAUUUAGAACUUGCUGCAUCUUCCUUAGUUGAUGGAUUGCAAAAUGUGCACUGAUAAUCAAUAUUAGUAUGUUAAUAACAUAUAAUGCAAAAUGAAGGUUGUGAUCUAAGUUAUACCUUGGAGCUUAAGAUGGUAAUGGUACAAAUGCAUGAGUAGUUGUACAUUAUCCUUGCAGUGGUAAAGAUUGGUUCACUUUAUCAUCUUCCCUAGUUCAUUAAACUUUACUUUUAAUUGUUUCUA